GGGGUUCGGGGGGCGGGGGCCAGCGAGAGCGCGGGUCGGGGCGCGCGCGGGCCAGCGAGAGCGCGGGUCGGGGCGCGCGCGGGGCCAGCGAGAGCGCGGGUCGGGGCGCGCGCGGGCCAGCGAGAGCGCGGGUCGGGGCGCGCGCGGGCCAGCGAGAGCGCGGGUCGGGGCGCGCGCGGGCCAGCGAGAGCGCGGGUCGGGGCGCGCGCGGGCCAGCGAGAGCGCGGGUCGGGGCGCGCGCGGGCCAGCGAGAGCGCGGGUCGGGGCGCGCGCGGGGUCAGCGAGAGCGCGGGUCAGCGAGAGCGCGGGUCAGCGAGAGCGCGGGUCGGGGCGCGCGCGGGUCAGCGAGAGCGCGGGUCGGGGCGCGCGCGGGUCAGCGAGAGCGCGGGUCAGCGAGAGCGCGGGUCGGGGCGCGCGCGGGUCAGCGAGAGCGCGGGUCGGGGCGCGCGCGGGUCAGCGAGAGCGCGGGUCGGGGGGGGCGCGGGUCAGCGAGAGCGCUGGUCGGGGGGCGCGGGUCAGCGAGAGCGCUGGUCGGGGGGCGCGGGUCAGCGAGAGCGCUGGUCGGGGGGCGCGGGGUCAGCGAGAGCGCUGCUUUACCUCUAG